UAGUGCCGGUCGUGGCGACCUCGGUGCGAACAGCGGCAAGGCUUUAGCGCUUUCAUUCCCGCUGCUUUUACUCGUGACCACAAAUUAUUAAACCUGAAUCGGUGGUUCCCGGUUUUCUGCCGGCUGUGGAGCUCGCUCACUUCCACGUGAGCGCUGAGAAAGGCUCCUCCGUUUCACUCUGGUUCGGGUGCGCUGACAAGAGCCUGCAGUAUCGCGGUUGCAGUUGACCGGGGGAAUAUUUGUGAACGAGGAGGUGUGUUUUAAAGCAGGGCUUCAGUAGGGAUGAGCAGAUCCGCACAGGAGCGCUCCUGCGGUGUCUGCCCCUUGGCCUGUGCUACGGGAGCGAUGGCAGCUCGUGGCACGAGUAAGAGGAAGGCACUUCCCUGCGUCCAGGAGAAAUGUAAAAAUUUGAACCUUGCGGACGUUGAGGUUUCUAUAAGCUGUGGCAUUUUUCUUGCUCUCUUUCGUACCCUAAAUACAGAGGACGCCGCGGCGGGAAGACGGGACUGCUGCGUCUGCUCUCCCCUUCCUCUCUGCUGUGAUCUUUUCGCAUCGUUUUGCUGUCCCUGCUGAUGCUGUUUGCUAGCUGGUUUCUCAUCAGGAGCUGUGCUCACCUGCACUGUUAGACUUACGUGUAUUCUUUGUAUUGUGGCACAUCAUUCUGAGUUUGGCGUUAGUAAGAGAUUUACAGUUUUUUGCAAAGCUCUGGAAGGAAAGUAAAAAGCAACCGAAGAGCUCCCACACCGUUUCUGUUCUCCCUUAAUCCCCGCAGGAUAACAUAUAACCCUGGCAGGCCGUUUGUUUUAUUCACGGGUUUCUUAUGGUAAAGGAAUUGGUAGAGAGGAGUGGUGCACAUGAAUCACACCUGUUAGCCAUUUGUUCGUAAUCGGGUUGCUCUGCGUUUCUUUACCUCUGGUUUCCAAAAAAAGAAAAAAAAAUUGCUUUGGGCCUGAUCCGUGGGCUGCGCGCUGCUGGCCGGGUUGGCUCCCUACAUGAGCAGUCCCCGUCUCCUGUAUUUAUCUGGAAUAUUUUAGAACAUUUUAGCUGUAGUGAACAAUAUUUGUGCCAAAGCAAGCGAGCUGAUUCUGACAACAAAUCUGGCUGGGUGCGUGUGUUUCACGUAGUCCUGAGGGAGACGGAAAUGAGAGAGGGCGACCGACAGCUCUUGCGUGAGCGGCGCAGCGGGGAGCGUGGCCAGGAGGGGAUGGAGCCGCCGUCCAGCUCUCCUGCAGGUCCCAGGGGGGCGGCCGGUGGCCGAGGGGGUCCCCUGAGCAUCCUUUCCGGGAGCGCACGCUUGCAAGUCCCUUCUAAAAGCUGCAACUCAGUGCUGCCGUCGUUCGUAACCCUGUGGGGAUGGUCAGAUCCGGGAGCCCUGCUCUUGGAAACAGCCUUUCGAAUGCUCCUGCCUCGUGGGAAAGCUCAGUUGCGGGCUGACACGAAACAGCUGCCCACGAGGGAUUUUGUCCUUAGCGAGCUCAGGUGCUUGUGCCGUCUCGCGCUGCCUCCCCAGCGAGGUCCGUCCAGGCUGUUACCCUGCCUGGGCCGUGACAUCCUAAAUAGCCACUUCUUAGAUCUUUUUGUACCUGCCGUUUGCAAACGUCCGUCCUCUCUGCAGCAAGCGCCUGAAGCCAAGUGCUCUUUAAACUGCCGGAUUCCCUUUCUCCUCUUGCCUUUCCUCCCCUUGUGUCAAGAGCGAAACAGAAACGGGCAGGUGUGUUUCCGUAGUACGGCGGUGGAUGCUGCCGAGCGGAGGGGGUGUGAGGGCGGCAGCGGCUCCGCGGGAGAAGCGGAGCAGGCAGGGGCAGCCGGCCAGCGGCUUCCCUGCGCGACUCGCUCUCUGAGCGAGGCCCCUCUGCGUUCGGCACGUGCUCGCUUUACCCUCCCUGCUUGUGUCUCCCUUGCAGGCAUGGAUAAUCAGACGGUGCUGGCUGUGCAGUCCUUGCUGGAUGGUCAAGGAGGUGUAACGGAUCCAUCUGCUCAAAAUGUCAACUCAUCCGCCACCAUCCAGUCGAUGGAUGACGAAGAUGUGUUCCUGUGUGGGAAGUGUAAGAAGCAGUUCAACUCAUUACCUGCAUUCAUGACCCACAAGAGAGAGCAGUGCCAGGGAAACACCCCUUCCCUCUCCACCGUCUCGCUGGCCACCAACAGCGUGUACACCCCAUCCAUCACAUCGGUGCAGCAGGCUCCGAGCGCCAGCCGGCAGCAAAUUUCUACAUACAUCACAGUUCCUCCGUCUCCUUUGAUUCAGACCCUCGUGCAGGGGAACAUCUUAGUUAGCGAUGAGGUGCUGAUGUCGGCCAUGUCUGCUUUUACAUCCUUGGACCAGCCAAUGCCGGCGGUGCAGCCCCCGACGCAGAGCAGCUUGAGUAUGCACGCUGGAGCUGGCUAUCUCUCCCAGCCCCCUCCACCUCCACCGCCACCCCCACCACCCCCUCCUCAGCCCCCGCCACCUCCCCCACCGAGCCUUGGGGCUCCGGGGCAGCCCAGCACCGGGGGCAACGGCGUGGUCGAAGUGUACAGCACGCCUGCUCCGAUGGCAGCAAACAGCACGGUGGAGAUUCAGACGCUGGGGAUGCAGCCCUAUCCGCCCAUAGAGGUACCGAGCCAGUGUGUGGAAAGUCCUGUGUAUCCCUCUCCUCCUGUGUAUAGCCCUGGGAAGCAGGGAUUCAAAUCCAAGAGUACCAGCGCUGCCGCACCUUUGACCGGUGCAGGAGGAGGCAAUGUGGUUGGCUUUGAUUCUGCCUCUGCUGCCAAGAGUAGGCGCUCCAAAACCGAGAGUGGGCUGCAUGAAGGGAAACCCAAGUCCCCCAAGCUGAAAUGCACUUACUGUGACAAGGCCUUUACCAAGAACUUUGACCUGCAGCAGCACAUCAGAAGUCACACAGGCGAGAAGCCGUUCCAGUGCAUUGUGUGUGGCCGAGCCUUUGCCCAGAAGUCCAACGUGAAGAAGCAUAUGCAGACCCAUAAAGUGUGGCCUCCAGGGCUGGGGUGCACCAUCUCCCGCAACUCCAUCACGGUGCAGGUCAUGGCCUUGAAUCCCAACCAGCCGGAGGACGAGGAGAACUCAGGUCUGACUCAGCCCUCGAGGAACCCUGUGCAACCGCCCCAGGACAUGGCCCCCAUGGAGGAGAGUGAGGCAGGCAAACUGGAAGCCAAGCAGGUUGUCUUGAUCGAUAGCUCUUACCAGUGCCAGUUCUGCCCCAACAAAUUCAACACCUAUUUCCAGCUCAAAUCGCACAUGACACAGCACAAGAACGAGCAGGUGUACAAGUGUGUGGUGAAGAGCUGCGCUCAGACCUUCCAGAAGCUGGAGUCCUUCCUCGAGCACAUCAAGAGCCACCAGGAGGAGCUGAGUUAUCGCUGCCACCUCUGCAGCAAGGACUUCCCCUCCCUGUAUGAGCUGGGUGUCCACCAGUACUCCCACAGCCUGCUGCCCCAGCACAGCCCCAAGAAGGAUGUGGCCGUGUACAAAUGUGUGAAGUGUGUAAAUAAGUACUCCACCCCGGAAGCCCUGGAGCACCAUCUGCAGACAGCAACGCACAACUUUCCUUGCCCUCAUUGCCAGAAGGUGUUCCCCUGUGAGAGGUAUCUGCGCCGACACAUCCCCACGCACGGCGGGGGCAGCAAAUUCAAGUGCCAGAUCUGCAAGAAGUUCUUUCGCCGGGAGCACUACCUCAAGCUGCAUGCCCACAUCCACUCGGGUGAGAAGCCCUUUAAGUGCUCGGUGUGUGAUGCAGCCUUCAAUCGGAAAGAUAAACUCAAGCGGCACAUGCUGAUUCACGAGCCUUUCAAGAAGUAUAAAUGUCCCUUCUCAAGCCACACAGGCUGCAAUAAAGAGUUUAACAGGCCUGACAAGCUGAAGGCUCACAUACUGUCCCAUUCAGGGAUGAAGAUCCACAAGUGCCAGUACUGUAACAAGUCCUUCAGCCGACGAGCCCACAUGAUGGAACAUCAGCGCUCGCACACCGGCAACUACAAGUACCGCUGCCCCACCUGCAGCAAAGGCUUCACACGCCACAAGUACAUGAAGGACCACAAGUGCCGGCUGGGCUCACCCAAGGACAAAGACCUGCAGCUCAGGAAGCCCCAGAAGAAGCGGGUGGCGCGGGGGCGCAAGGCGGGCCUUUCCCUCCCCAACCAGCUGGCCCUCGCAGAGCUGAAGGACGGUGCCACCGGGGAAAGCUCCCGGGAGGGUGGCCCGAACAAAGAACGGUUCCAGGAGUCGGACGCUGUCUUGUCCAUUGUGGUGGGGGGGUCAGGAGCUGCUGAAUCGGACCUUGUCGUUCCUGGGCAGCACAGCAGCGUCGCAUCCAAUUUGGCCCUGGCGGAGCUGCAGACUGCCUCGGACGGCCCCUGCGCCAUGCUGGCUGUCCCUGUUUACAUCCAAACAACUGAGUGACGAUGUGUAGGGCCACUGUGUGGCCGGGGCCCUGCUGCUGGGGGUGUCAGACUCAGUGCUGAAGUUCAUCACAGUGAAAAAGACCAAAGCUCUUGUGGGGAAGUAGAUGGAUAUGAGAGAGAAUGGCUUUCAUUUCCACUUGCUCUUCCCUUCCUUGGGCAAAGGACUACUUGGAAGCCACCGAUGGCUAGAAGGCACUGAAGGGAAUAGCUCCAUAUUAUCUUGUCCUUCUACAUCAGUGGUCAGCCUAGGGCAAGAAGGACUAAGAUCCCUGAAUCAGGGUGAGAAAAGGAGCAUACAGCCUCACAACAAACAGAGCUGCUGAAACCAGGUGGCUUUGCAAAUCACAGCCUGUCCCAUCUGUGGUUUUUCUGGCCUAAAAUCUGUAUUGCCCAGUAUUUGGGUGGCCUUUCUGAGAGCAAACAAAUGAUCCUUCCUAGUGGAAGCAAGUUCAUCCUGAGAUCCUUUGGGAACACUGUUCAGAAAUACCCUGAAUGACAUGUCUGCUAUCUUUCUCUUCUCUGUCUCUAUCAGUAGAAAGAUUGCCUUGUCUGUACUACCUGUGUUAUAAACACCAUGGACCUGAA